AUGAUGGGCGAAGAAUUCUACGACUGGUUUCGACACAUCCCCUCUCCGCAUACUGGAUUUCCGAGUUGCAGCGUCUCCCCAGCCGGCCUCCUGCAUCCCACGGUCAGCCUUCAGCAGAGGUCUGCAGCUCUGCCCAACCUGGCCCCAGUUUCGCCUCCUCGAGCGUCCUCCAUCGAAACAGACAGUUUGGCUUACUGGGAAAAUGCCUUCCUAUUCUUGCGAAGUUAUAUGCCCUACCUCCUGAAUGCCCUUCCUCCCUCCGUCAGCAGUCUCAACAGCACUGACAACGACCUCAAACUAGGUUCUAUCACUUCACCCGUACUGAACAAUCUCAGUCCGUUGGAGCAGCCCCCCACAGGAGCCCAAAAUGGGGAAGCGGUUGCUCCACCCGCCCACCUGGGAAACCCCAAGCUGCCUACGUAUGACGCACCACCUACACUCUCACUGCAGAGCAGUUUAGUGGAAAAGAAGGUGGCAAAGGAACAGGAGGUCGGGGAACCCUACGGAAUCUCAUUAACGAAAAAGGCGGAGUAUGUAAGGGCUGAAAACGGACCUUCUGCUAGAAAACGACCCCGAUUCGGCAUUGCUAAUCUACUUGAUGUACCGGAAACUCAAGAGGCCCAAGAGAAUGAACUAUGCAAGGCGGAAAAGAAGGAGCAGGAAGAUAGAGGGACAAUGCUUACGCCUCCUCGGUCACAACAGAAACAAGAAGUGAACAUUAACGGCUCCCCCAGUUUCGUCCCUCGAUUGCCCGAUCAACGUGUUGUUGUGAACCAGAUCCUCUUCACCUGUAUGACUUGGCUCAGCACCAGUCGACCCAACCAAGCCCUUGUUCAGGAUACGUUACCGGCGUUGACCGAUAUGGAACUUGCUCAGCUGAUGGCCCAGUCCUGGCCUCAACUAUUCCUGACGGGAUUAGUGGAACAAUUGUAUAGCACCACCGUGAAAACCAGUCUGACAGCGACUGAAGAAGAGCUUAGGCAGCAUCUACAAGAUCUAAACACAGAUAAGUUCAAAAGCUGGCGCCAGCGGGCAAGGAAGGGUGUUCUUCAGCAUGCGGACAGUCUGGAACGGGGCAGGUUUCUUCUCGACUGCUAUCAGCAUAUCUGGCUGGUUACCCAGACGCCCGGCACUCAGACGCUCUUUCAAGUUCUCUUCAAAGGAACCUUCCACUGUGUUGGCGAAGAACUGCAACGUCUUAUUGCUCAGAUGACCUUCGUUGCCAUGGAGGCUGCCCAGUCGACCCUCCGGGGUUGA